UCACUUGAACAAACAGAGGGUUAGUGAUAAUUGAGAGUGCAAUUGGGGGUUGCAGAAAUGGCAGUUUCAUCAUCACAUACUGCUUUUUCUUUUCACUCAUCUCUUGGUUCUAAGACCAGUUUAAAUCCUUGUCUCGUUGGAUAUCCUUUCACAGCAACCAAUCGUCGCCGUCCAUUCAUUAUCACCUUCUCUUCCAAAUCAAAGAAUGAACUCUCAAUUGAUAAGAAAAGACAAUUACUUGAACAAUACGGUCUUAAUCCUGAUGACUUCUUAUCUGACCCAUCUCCAAAGACAAAGAAGAAGAGAGAACAAUCCGAGAGUGGAAGCGGAAAACGGGUCCUUCUAGAAGAACCUAAAGCUCCACGCGAGACACAUAAAUUGCUUCAGGUUGUUGGGGGGACGGCUCGAAGGAAGAAAUUGCUCUCACCAAAGAGCAUGGAUGUGCGUCCCAUGAUGGAAGUUGUAAAAGCUGCUGCAUUUGGUAUUUUGCAAGCGGCAGGUGGUUGCCCUGCAUCUUUGCGGCCUGGCCGUUGGUUGGACCUGUAUAGUGGGACAGGAUCAGUUGGUAUAGAAGCCAUUAGCCGAGGGUGUUCUGAGGUACAUUUUGUUGAGAUGGACCCUUGGGUUGUCUCAGAUGUUCUCCAGCCAAAUUUAGAAUGGACUGGUUUCCUUGAUGUCUCAGUCAUACAUACUGUCCGCGUUGAAAGCUUUUUGGAGCGGGCAGAACAUUUUCUUGGUGAAGAUGGGAGCUUUGAUUAUAUUAGUGUUACGCCACCAUAUGAGGCAGUUGAUUACAGUAUAUUAAUGGAUCAAAUUUCAAAAUCAUCAAUAGUGGGAGAGAAUACAUUUAUAGUGGUGGAAUACCCCUUGAGAACUGACAUGCUAGAUUCAUGCGGAUGCCUUGUUAAGAUAUCUGAUCGGCGGUUUGGUCGAACUCAUUUGGCAAUAUAUGGACCAAAGUGGGCACAGAAGAAAAAAUAUGUAGAGAAGACAAAGAAAAGGCAAGAAAAGCUGGAUUUGUUAAGGGAAGUGGAGAGUUCGGUAUCUUAAGUUUAGUUACUGCGAAUUGCAUAACACAUCUUAUAGUCAAGAGAGGGUGUCAAAUGUUGUCAGACAGUUGAUUGCCCCAGUUCUGACCAUUUAUUCCGAUGGUCAAUUUCUUCUUGGGACAUUCCACAUCCCUGGCUCCCCGAUUGGUAUGCCGUACUUGAUUCUCUCAUAAUGAGCAGCCAUUUGUAAGAAGGCAUCACGAGUUUUCUGCAGGAUUUUGCUAGUAAAUGUAGAUAUAUAUUAGUAUCCCAUUUUACACAUAAUGGACUUUUAAGUUGUCGUUUAUAUGCCAUCCCUUGCGUAUCCUUGCCUUGACUUGACUGACAUGUCUUACAUUAUUAUGCUAAUGGAGAACACCAAAGUUUUUUUUUUUUUUUU